UUGUCUUCACUCAUCCCAAAUCCAGCACCUUAAACGGAGCAAUCCCGACAUCAUAUGAAAGCAUUUCUGAGAGCAGGCACAUGUUUAUUCAGACGAAGAGCUAACCCGAUACCUGGCAUGGGAUGUCUAUAGAGCUGUCGCGUCCGUCGAUCCCAGGAAUGACAUCUGGCCACUGAUGCAGAGGGCAGAACGCAUGCAGCAUCAUUUCUUUCAGUGAGCUAAGGGGCAACUCGAGAUUUGUUUGUUUUAGUAAAUACGGCCUGUUAUUCUUGUACUUGUCAUUACUUAGUGAGACUGUUUCGUUGCUUAAUGUUUAAAGUCGUACGAAGAGAUAUCCUCACACACGAAAUCGUGUUUGAAUUGUAAAUAUUAGACGCAACACGUUGUUGGCUGGUCAUCAGGAGCUCAAGGUGUCAUUCAUGGGAUGACGUCUCAGCACAUGUCCAGUCACACUGCCCCCUGCCCUACCUCCUGUGUCCCGCAAAUUUGUCAAUCCGUGGGGUCCUGACGUCAACAGGGGCUCAUGAGACGCUUUGUGUACUGUAAGGUGGUCCUGACCACCUCUCUGGUCUGGGUGCUAGUGGACGUCUUCCUCUUGCUAUACUUCAGUGAGUGCAACAAAUGUGAUAACCGGAAGGACCAUUCACUUCUGCCUGCGCUCAGAGCUGUGAUGUCACGUGCCCAUGAGGCUCCAGGUGAAAUGGGGAAGGCUGUGGUGAUUCCCAAAGAAGAGCAGGACAAGAUGAAGGAACUUUUUAAAAUCAAUCAGUUCAACCUGAUGGCCAGUGACAUGAUCGCGCUCAACAGGAGUCUGCCAGACGUCAGGCUGGACGGCUGUAAGUCGAAGACCUACCCUGACGACCUUCCAAACACCAGCAUUGUGAUCGUGUUCCAUAAUGAGGCAUGGAGUACACUACUAAGAACCGUACACAGCGCCAUAAACCGCUCGCCCAGACAACUGCUGUAUGAGAUACUGCUGGUGGAUGAUGCCAGUGAGAGAGAUUUUUUAAAGAAAAAAUUGGAGGACUAUGUUGCAACUCUGGAGGUUCCGGUGCGAAUUUUGAGGAUGGAGCAGCGAACUGGAUUGAUUCGAGCACGGCUGAGAGGGGCAGCUGCCACACGAGGACAGGUCAUCACCUUUCUCGACGCCCACUGUGAAUGCACUACAGGCUGGCUGGAGCCUCUGAUGGCACGGAUCAAAGAAGACAGGAGGGCUGUGGUCUGCCCGAUUAUUGAUGUCAUCAGUGACGAGACAUUUGAGUACAUGGCCGGCUCAGAUAUGACCUAUGGGGGAUUCAACUGGAAGCUCAACUUUAGAUGGUAUCCAGUUCCUCAGAGAGAAAUGGACCGCCGUAAAGGGGACCGGACCCUUCCUGUAAGAACUCCCACGAUGGCAGGAGGUCUGUUCUCUAUUGACCGAACGUAUUUUGAAGAGAUUGGCACCUAUGACUCAGGGAUGGAUAUUUGGGGAGGGGAAAAUCUUGAGAUGUCUUUCAGGAUCUGGCAAUGUGGUGGAUCUCUAGAGAUAGUAACAUGUUCUCACGUCGGACAUGUGUUCCGGAAGGCCACACCGUACAGCUUUCCUGGUGGGACUGGUCAGGUCAUAAACAAGAACAACAGACGAUUGGCUGAAGUCUGGAUGGACGAGUUUAAAGAUUUCUUCUACAUCAUCUCACCAGGUGUGGUUCGGGUAGAUUACGGAGAUGUUUCUUCGCGGAAGGCUUUGAGAGAAUCUCUGAAGUGCAAACCAUUCUCAUGGUACCUGGAGAACAUAUACCCCGAUUCUCAGAUUCCCCGCAGAUAUUACUCACUUGGGGAGAUCAGGAAUGUUGAGACCAAUCAGUGUGUGGAUAACAUGGGUCGUAAGGAGAAUGAAAAGGUUGGAUUCUUCAACUGUCAUGGAAUGGGCGGAAACCAGGUAUUUUCGUACACUGCUGACAAAGAAAUCCGUACAGAUGACCUGUGUCUGGAUGCAUCACGACUUAAUGGACCUGUUGUUAUGCUGAAGUGCCACCACAUGAAGGGAAACCAGAUGUUUGAAUAUGAUGCAGAGCGUCUGACUCUGCUCCAUGUGAACAGUAACCAGUGUCUGGACAUGCCUUCUGAAGAGGAUAAGAUGGUUCCCACUCUCAAAGACUGUAGCGGCAGGCGCUCACAGCAGUGGAUCUUGAGGAACAUGACACUAGGAGUCUGACAGUGCCGGAAAACAUCCAGAGUUGCUACACACUACACAACACAAGACUUGGAGUCAGGUUUACGGUUUUCUUCACAGCUCUGUGAACUAUCAUUUUCUAGUCCAUGAUCUUGUUAAGCCAGGCUUUGAUCAGAAGAGCCACACACACACACACACACACACACACAGGCCAGAUGUGCUUUAAGUGCUUUUUGUCUCUGAUCCAAGCAUAUGUGGCUGACUGACUGACUAUCUUUGCUAGUCAUACUCUCCUCUUUCUUUCUUACAGUAGCUCACGUGUAUCUUCAGAGAUGGAGUGUUAGCCUCUGCUGAAGUACAUUCAACUCUGGGCUGAAUUCGCAGUGCUGGUUUCUUUAAAGCACCUGAAGUGUUGGUCAGUACACUGACUUUAUGACUUGCUGCUUGUUUCUUGAAUUUAUCUUGAUCUCUUUCAGUGAGGCUGCAAUAUAUAUAUCAAUAUAACUGCCUUAAGGAAAAAGCAUGUAGAAAGCAAAAAAGAAAAACUGUAAAGCCAAACAUCAUCAGAUAUUAAAGGGAAAAAUCAUCAUCAUUAUUAUUAUUAUUAUUAAAAUUAUUAUUA